ACCAAAACUCGGUUUAUAAGGAAAAACUCAGUCCGAUCUUCUUCCAUACUUCAAACUUAUUUCUCUCUACUUUCGUCUCAGCUCUCAAAAGCUUCAUCGGAGCUUCAAUUUACCAGCUUUUAUAACAAUGUCUCGGAGAUAUGAUAGUCGUACAACAAUCUUCUCUCCAGAAGGCAGACUCUACCAAGUAGAGUAUGCCAUGGAGGCCAUUGGGAAUGCAGGUUCUGCGAUUGGUGUAUUGUCCAAGGAUGGUGUGGUACUAAUUGGUGAAAAGAAGGUGACUUCCAAGCUCCUUCAAACCUCAAAAACGACUGAAAAGAUGUACAAGAUUGAUGACCACGUAGCCUGUGCCGUGGCAGGAAUUAUGUCUGAUGCCAAUAUCCUAAUCAACACCGCCAGGGUAGCUGCCCAACGUUACACUUUCUCAUACCAAGAGCCAAUGCCUGUUGAGCAACUAGUCCAGUCUCUAUGUGAUACCAAGCAAGGAUACACACAAUUUGGUGGGCUCCGUCCUUUUGGUGUCUCAUUUCUUUUUGCAGGUUGGGAUAAAAAUUAUGGUUUCCAGCUCUACGCCAGUGAUCCAAGUGGUAACUACAGUGGCUGGAAAGCUGCAGCAAUAGGUGCAAAUAAUCAAGCUGCACAGUCGAUGCUUAAGCAGGAUUACAAAGAUGAGAUCACUAGAGAAGAAGCUGUUGAACUUGCCUUGAAGGUUCUAAGUAAGACCAUGGACAGCACUAGCCUUACUUCAGAAAAGCUUGAACUAGCCGAGGUGUUCCUCUCUCCUACUGGAGAAGUGAAGUACCAAGUCCGUUCCUCUGAAUCGCUCAGUGAGUUGUUGAUCAAGGCUGGAGUUACUCAACCAGCAGCAGAGUCUUCUUAAUUUGCAUCUGUUUUAGUGCAGAAACUUCGAUUGGGAACCUGUAUUAUGUUAAUUACUUUCAUUUGGAAACUUCCCAAUGGGAUUAGAACCUCAUGUUGAAGAUUAUUAGGUUUGGAUUUCUGUCGAACCAGUGAUACAUGAGUUAAUGGGAUUUUCUUGACUAUAGGCAAACGCGUACUUUUUUUCUUCUCCAUUAUGGUCAUAUGAUAUUGCUGUCCA